AUUGCAUCUUAUUGUGAGUAAAAUGAAAGCCUUCCUUGUGAUUUUUGUGGUGGCUCUGGCAGCAGUCGCCACUCAGGCCCGAACGAUGGAUAGAUGCUCCCUGGCCAGGGAGAUGGCCAAUCUAGGGGUUCCCCGGGAUCAGCUGGACAAGUGGACCUGCAUUGCCCAGCACGAGAGUUCCUUCCGCACAGGCGCGGUUGGUCCAGCCAAUUCCAAUGGAUCCAACGACUACGGCAUCUUCCAGAUCAACAACAAGUACUGGUGCAAACCGGCCGAUGGUCGCUUUUCCUAUAACGAGUGCGGCUUGAGUUGCAAUGCCCUGCUGACCGAUGAUAUCACCAACUCCGUGAGAUGUGCCCAGAAGGUUCUGCGCCAGCAGGGGUGGACCGCAUGGUCCACCUGGAAGUACUGCAGCGGAUCCCUGCCCUCGAUCAAUAGUUGCUUCUAAAGUCUUAACAAUAGAAAUAAAUGUGUUUGCCCAAAAAAAAAAUCCUCUUAAUCCAACCAGAACAAGGUUACCCCUAAGAUGAAGAGCUUUAUCUAACUUAAAAGUAAACAAAAGAGUUUCUACAAACUAUAAACCAAAUAUUAAUAAAGGGCAAAUAAUAUCCCUAUGUUCAUCAUUCAAUUUGACGAUAAGAAAAUCGGUUGAACUUAUGUAAAUGGAAAUCUUUAUAGAGCAUAAUAAAAA